AUGGAGAAUCUGAAGCAGAAAGCCAGGAGCCGGCGCAUAUAUAGUAACGCAGGUGUAGCUGACGAGGGCAUAGUCACUGGUAGAGGCCGGAUUCCCCCAGUGGAAAUUCCAGAAACGAAGGUUACUGUUCCACCCACCAGUGUGGCAGCAGCUACACUGAGGUCCCGCACAACUACAGUGACUGUAGCUACGACACCUGCAGCUAAGACGUCUACAACAGUCACAUCUGCAGUUAAGAUGUCCUCCACAACUGCAUCGCGGAGAACCACAACUGUGACCCGGACAACGUCUAGUGUUGCGGGCAACACAACACAAGUGAACCUGCUGUCAGCGACCUCUUCCUCCUGCCCAAACAACACCGGCGCUAUCGGCAUAUUCGAGAUGUGGUCAGACCCUUACCUGCUGUGUGCUGACCCUCCCGCUGACCUGACCUUCGUCGCUGCGGACCCCACCGAAGUUUGUGGGAAUCCCAGCAACAAAAUGACCUGCAUGAGCCUCUCUUGCAACACCAACACCAUCAUGGUCGGCUUCAACGGCAACUAUGGCCCCUGUAGCGGCAGUUUUACCAGCAGCCUGGCGGUGUUGAAUUCCAAUGACUGUCAGACAGUCGGGGGAAACAUGCAGUCUGGUCCAGGGGUCAGUUCUGACUGGAAGCAGUGGAGACUGUGCGGCGGGAACGCAACUAACUUCUACGUCAUGACGGGGUUGGGUGCUAACUCGAAUUCCGACGGCAGCUGGACUUACAACUCUAUCACCUGCUGCCGCGUCGUGAAGAAAUAGCUGGCAACGUAGAAAAGGGAUUACGUCAAGCCGGAUAAAGUGGUAUGUGUGCGACACCAGGAUAACCACUUAUCUAUCCAGGUUCACUUGUCCCAGUACAACAUUCAUUUGGAUUCCUAACUGCUGACAAAAAUAUAUUUCUUCACACUAAUCGUAGGUAAUUAUGUUCCAAGUGUACCCUAAUUAGUCUCAUAAGAAGCACUAAGUGACAUUCCCUGCUACUGCACGAGCGUCAUUAAGGUUGCACGUCACCUGUUCACUAGUCAAGAU